AUGAAAAUCUGCUGUUGGUGUCCUAACUCUUUCUUAUCUCUUGCCUUUCAGUUAUGUGGCUGCGGGCUGCUGGGCGUGGGCAUCUGGCUCUCUGUGUCGCAGGGCAGCUUCGCCACCUUCUCGCCCUCAUUCCCCUCACUGUCCGCUGCCAAUAUGGUCAUCGCCAUCGGAGCCAUCGUCAUGGUAACGGGCUUUCUCGGCUGCCUGGGUGCCAUCAAGGAGAACAAGUGCCUGCUUCUGAGCUUCUUCAUUGUCCUGCUGAUAAUCCUCCUGGCAGAGCUGAUACUGCUCAUCCUGUUCUUCGUGUACUCAGAUAAGGUGAGUGAGAACGCCAAGCAGGAUCUGAAGGACGGUCUGGCUCUCUACAACUCAGAGAACAACAUCGGCCUGCGAAAUGCCUGGAACAUCAUCCAGGCAGAGUGGAAGUGCUGCGGUGUGAUAGCAUACAGCGACUGGCACGAGGCCCUGAAGGAGAAGGUGGUUCCUGACCGCUGCUGCCAGGAGCAUUACCAGAACUGUGGGCAAAACUCCACAAACAUGUUCUGGAACAGGGGCUGUUUCGAGAAAGUGGAGGAAUGGCUGGAUGAUAACAAGCACAUGCUGGGAACCAUAGGCAUGGUCAUCUUGGUCGUGCAGCUCCUGGGCAUGGCGUUCUCCAUGACGCUGUUCCACCACAUCCACAGAACGGGGAAGAAGUACGAUGCUUAGCCUUCGGGGAAGGCACCCAAUGGAGAGGAGCCCCACUGCCUGAUGGGAUAAGACUCUGAAUUAAACACCCCUGCCCCCCUCACUUUACAACCUCUUGAGAGCAUUCUUUGCC